CCAGUCUGGACCAGCAGAACACAGAUCCUCCACAGACUAAAGAGGAACAGGAGGAAAUCUCCACCAAUCAGGAAGGAGAGCAGCUUGCACUGAAGCAGGAAACCAAAGGCAUCAUCAUCUGGACCGGGCAGGAGCUGGGCAUCAUGUGGAACCCUGAAGUAAAGUUGCACAGAAUAGAUUUUCCACAACAUGACUGUAAGGAUGUGGAGGGGCUCACAAAUCAGCAGGUCUGUAACCAGGAGAAGAACUCCAGUUUAGACCAGGAGGAUCCUUCACAGAUUAAAGGGGAACAGGAGGAACUCAGUACCACUGAAGAGGAAAAACCGCUUGUACUAAUGCAGGAGACUGCAAAUUUUCCAUCUCGUGAAAAAAGUGACCACAGUGAAUCAGAACCAUGCUGUGACCAGUGCCUUUCUCACAACUCUUCUGACACAGAUGAGGAUGAAAGCAAGGAUGGUAACUCACACAGAAAUAAGUCGGAGCAAAUCGUAUCAGGCUUGUCAGUUCAAAAUUCCAAGACAGCUAAGUUAUGUAGAACCUGUGGGAAAAGAUUUAUUUGGAAGUCAGACUUAACUAAACACAUGCGAAUUCACACAGGUGAGAAGCCACAUUGCUGUAGUAGUUGUGGGAAAAGAUUUCAUGUAAAAUCAAAUUUGAAAACACACAUGCGAAUUCACGCAGGCGAGAAGCCACAUUGCUGUAGCACCUGUGGGAAAAGAUUUACUGUGAAGGGUCAUUUGAAUAUGCACAUGCGAAUUCACACAGGCGAGAAGCCACAUUGCUGUAGUAGUUGUGGGAAAAGAUUUCAUGUAAAAUCAAAUCUGAAAACACACAUGCGAAUUCACACAGGCGAGAAGCCACAUUGCUGUAGCACCUGUGGGAAAAGAUUUACUGUGAAGGGUCAUUUGAAUAUGCACAUGCGAAUUCACACAGGCGAGAAGCCACAUUGCUGUAGUAGUUGUGGGAAAAGAUUUCAUGUAAAAUCAAAUUUGAAAACACACAUGCGAAUUCACACAGGCGAGAAGCCACAUUGCUGUAGCACCUGUGGGAAAAGAUUUACUAGCAAGAGUGAGUUGAAUAUACACAUGCGAAUUCACACAGGCGAGAAGCCACAUUGCUGUAGCACCUGUGGGAAAAGAUUUACUAGGAAGAGUCACUUGAAUAUGCACAUGCAAAUUCACACAGGUGAUAAGCCACAUUGCUGUAGCACCUGUGGGAAAAGAUUUACUAGGAAGAGUCACUUGAAUAUGCACAUGCGAAUUCACACAGGCGAGAAGCCACAUUCUGUAUUACUUUAG